AUGAUUUACAUUUUCUUUCUUUUGUCUUUUUUCUCUUUCUUUCUUUUCUUUCUUUCUUUCUUUCUUUCUUUUCUUUCUUUUUUUUUUUAUUUUUCAUGCUAUCUUUCUUUUAAUUUUACUACGAUUUACAUUUUCUUUUUUUGUCUUUCUUUCUCUUAUUUCUUUCUCUUUUUCUUUCUUUCUUUCUUUCUUUCUUUCUUCCUUUCUUUCUUUCUUUCUUUUACUUUUCAUGCUACUCUUUCUUUUAAUUUUACUAUGAUUUACAUUUUCUUUCUUUGUCUUUCUUUCUCUUAUCUUUCUUUCUCUUUUUCUUUCUUUCUUUCUUUCUUUCUUUCUUCCUUUCUUUCUUUCUUUUCUUUUCUUUUUUAUUUUUCAUGCUACUCUUUUUUUAAUUUUACUACGAUUUACAUUUUCUUUCUUUGUCUUUCUUUCUCUUGUCUUUCUUUCUCUUUUUCUUUCUUUCUUUCUUUUCCUUUUCAUGCUACUCUUUUAGUUUUUCUGCGCUUUUCUUUUUCUUUCUUUCUUUCAUACUUCUCUAAUUUGAAAAUAAAGUUUUCCUUUACUUUUAUCUGCUUUUCUUUCUUUCUUUCUUUCUUUCUUUCUUUCUUUCUUUCUUUCUUUUCAUUUUAUAAUUUAGCUUUCCCUUUUCUUAUAUCCUCCUUUCAGUGUUUCAUUAAUUUUUUUUCAAAAUUUCUUUUUUUUCUCUUCCUCGUUCUUCUCUAUUUAUUUCUCUCCACGCCUUUUUUUUCAUUUUGA